AGUCCGGUACACAGUUCUGCAAUGAUCGGGAACCAACUACGAUCGGCUGUUGCUUUAUUCACAAUCCUCACCAUAGUCGCGGGUAAACCACCCCCGCCACCUGGAGCACCAUGGGCCAAGUUUGUUACCAAGCCCGCUUUUGUCCGAUCUUUGGGACCUCCCUCGGUGCCAGGGGUUGGAACCAUGUCGAUCCCGUUCAUCCCGAAACCGUCGCUAUUUCCAAAAUUCGUAGAUCCGCGUAUAAUGAUCGCAAAAAAAACAGACAUGUUGAGUAACAUGUUCGGAGGAUUGGGACCGACUAUGGGACCGUUUCCGGGGUUCGGUUUAGGCCCUUAUGCGGGGUACGGUUUGGGCCCGUACGGUACAGGCCCCACCGGUAUGUACGGACCUGAAGACAUGAACAUGAAGGGAAAUACAGACCUGGAUUCUACAUCGGACGGAACGAUAGAGAACGAUUUGCCAAUUUUGUACGCGUCCGGUUUUGGCGAAGGUGGAGAAUUCAGCCCGAAUAUGAAAUAUCCCGAAAGUCUUAACGGAUUACCAACCGGAGAAUUGAGCAACAUAAAACGCGGGCUGUUCGGACCCAUGGGCCCCAAGUCACCAUUUCUUGGACCUUUUGGCCCAGUUUCCGCACAGCCUGCUCCUUCAGGCGAUGCCACAGCUUAUACAGACGCUAGCUCAUCAUUCAUGAAACGAGGAUUUCCGGGUCCAAAUUCAGUCAAAAACGGGGAACCCUCGAGCAGCGCAACAGAGCCACCACCCCCAUAUUCGAGCAUGCACGUAAUACCAGAAGAAAUUUCCGAAACGGAUGAAAAAGAAGAUACCAAGGAAUCUCCCUUGAACAAAAUCUUCUCCGGCGGAAAGGACUCAAAAACGUCGAAAGAUCUCACCAAGCGGAUGGUUGCUGACGGUUCAGUCCCGAAGGAGUAUCUACCAGGGAUGUACGGACCCAUGAGUCCGUUUUUCGGGCCACCGGGUGCCGCCUUCGGCCCGGGCGCGUUCAUGAGCAAAAAAUCCAUGUUCCUAGACACCCUCUUCAAGAAUUUGGCAACCAGUACAGUGUCACCGGUGACGGACGUCCCGGUGACAAAAAGCACGAUAGUUCCGCCAGGAUUUUGGUUUCCAGAAACUGUGGUCCCCGAUCCCGCUUCGUACGACGCGAAGGUAGCUACUUUCCUGGAUAAACUGUUUGACUCCCUGAAUCUGAACGCUUCUACAGCAACCGGUGAUUCCCCUUACGAAACAUCGAUGUCACCGGGAUUCCCAGGCGCGAAAACACGAUCUUUACCUUACGGUUACUCAGCGGCCGGCUCUCCCCAGUACACUCGUUCCUUGGCUUCUACAGACCACGAAGCAGUGAUGACGGCGAAAGACCAAAUCGUCAGUUCCAUCAUCGGAGAGCUGAGCGUGCUGAAGGACGACAUGGUCGCGACGUUCAACGAUUUGAUAGCAUACCAGAAAAAUGCUUCGACAUCGCUUCCCGGUUCCAAACCGUUCAAAGCGUUUGCUCCACCGUUUUGGCCCGGUCCAACAGCAGUCACAGAUAUCGGAACCCUGCCUUAUAAGCGGAGAAUGAUAAUCCUGGAACAGGUUUUCGACAUGCUGACGGAGCUACAAAUGAACAUUACAGCGACUGUUAACGAAGCGAUGAAAUCCAGCUACGAAGAACCGGAACCCGCGACGACGCCUAAGCCGGAGGAUGGAAGUUUGAGCUUGGCCGUUCUGGACGCAAUUCAAGCGAAGUUAAAUGAAUUGGAUACAAUUUCGUCGACCAAACUAACGCCGAAAGGAUAUUCUUCAAAAUUUUCCAGAGCUCUACCCGCGAGUCCAACUUCAUUCUGGGUUACUUAUCCCGGAAGUGAUCAAGCCCGGCGAAAUUCCCUCGACGAACAGGACACUCCUCGUCGUACCGAGCAGGGUAUUGAUGACUAUACCGUAGAUACUGACGCAUUUAUCCCUGGUAAGGAUUCGAGGGGAAUUAAAAUGCAAAUGCAUCAAGGAUACCAAAGUCUUCCGCCUGGUACCAUCGAAUCUAUUCAAGCUGGAGGCGGAUCUGUACCAGGACACGAAGGUGGCGGAGUGAAAUUUCUGAUCAAAAUGCCGGCUAAAGAUACGACGAUGAACGGACAGAGUGGUGGGCAGGUUUACCAAAAUUACCCCGCAAAGUGGCAAGAUUGGUCGAAUAAUAUGGAAAAGGAAUACCAAAACAAUCGUCAUCAUCAUCAUUUUCAUCGCUGAGAUAAGUGAUUAAUAUACUUGUAAUCGCAGCAUAUUCUAGUCACACACCAUAACAAAAAAAAAAGGAACAAAAAUAAAAUGAAGAAAGUAAUAAGAUUUAAAGUAGUGUA